GACCCUAGGGCGCUUAACAUGGCGCGCUGGAUAGUAAAUUCGUUGCCGCUGCUGCUGCUGUUGGCUGCGGUGAGUCAACAGGCUCGACUCAUCUCGCCGCCAGUUGAUGAGUUUAAGCAGCUGGAGACUAAAGGAGAUCAAAGCCUAGUUCGAUACAUUGAACCGCGCGUGGAUAAUAACAGCGUGGAUAAUUAUCGCUUGCCAAACAAUACGGUGCCCAUAUCCUACAAUGUGGAGCUGUGGACGGAAGUGCACAAGGGCACAAGAGACUUCAAUGGCGUCGUGAAGAUCGAUAUUCAAGUUGUCGAGGAUACUAACACGAUCACACUUCAUUAUCGGCAAAUCAGUGAAUUCACCGCUACCAUACAAAGCAAGGACUCUUUGUCGAGUCAACCAAUUGCAGUGGUAGGAUCGACCGAAACGACACGCGAGUUUCUGAUCCUUACGCACACAGACACCCUCAAGGCGGGCUCCAACUGGACGAUAACCAUCAACUACACUAGCCAACUGCGCUUAGAUAUGGGCGGCUUCUACAUAUCCAGCUACACUGAUGAUAACGGUGCUGUACACUAUCUGGCCACCACUCAGUUUGAGAGCACAAAUGCCCGACACGCCUUCCCCUGCUAUGAUGAGCCGGCCAAGCGUGCCAAUUUUACGAUCACCAUACACCACGAUCCCAGUUACACAGCCAUCUGCAAUAUGCCAGUGGAUGUGGCCAAGUCGAGCUCCGGCAUCACCGUAUUUCAAACAACGCCACGGAUGUCCACCUAUUUGAUAGCAUUUAUUGUAUCAGACUUUGAGUCCACAGGCGGCGAGCUAAAUGGAUUGCCUCAACGCGUUUUUUCACGCAAGGGCAGGCAGAGCGAACAGGAGUGGGCCCUCUGGUCUGGCCUUGUUGUCGAAUCCAGUUUGGCUAAGUAUUUUGGUGUUCCGUUCGCUUUGCCCAAACUGGAUCAGGCGGGCAUACCCGACUUUUCAGCCGGAGCCAUGGAGAACUGGGGCCUGGCCACCUAUCGGGAGCAGUACAUGUGGUGGACCAAGGAAAACUCGACUAUCAAUCUGAAAACGAACAUUGCCAAUAUAAUUGGACACGAGUAUACGCAUAUGUGGUUCGGUGAUUUGGUAUCCAUCAAAUGGUGGACCUAUCUGUGGCUUAAGGAGGGCUUCGCCACCCUCUACUCGUAUGAAUCGAAUGAUAUUGCGUUCCCCGAGUGGGACACCUAUCAGAUAUUCCAUGUGAGCGACUACUUCUCAGCUUUGAUCAACGAUGCCUCCUUGAGCACGCCCAUGUCGCAUUACGUGCAAACGCCCUCAGAGAUCUCCAACCGAUAUGGCACCAUCUCCUAUGCCAAGCCAGCCAGUGUGCUGUAUAUGUUCAAGAAUGCAUUUACGGAUGCCGUGUUUCGGCGAGGAUUGGAACUGUAUCUAAAAAAACAUCAAUUCAACUCGACGGACGAAUGGGAUUUGUUUGCCUCACUGCAGAGCGCGGCCGACGAGCUGUCCCUCAAGUUGCCCUUCAGCGUUGCUGACAUUUUUUCCAGCUGGUCCACGCAGGUGGGCUUCCCUUUGCUGACCGUGAAGCGUAAUUAUGAUGCUGGCACCUUUAGCGUGACGCAGCAACGCUUUUUGAACAAUAAGACAACCGUUAACACGGAUACCUGGUAUGUGCCCAUCAAUUAUGCAACUGCAUCGAGUCCCGACUAUCGCCAAACCAAGGCCUCGCACUAUCUGCCCAAAGCCAAGGAGCACACAAUAAGCGAUGUCAAAAUUGCGAGCUCCGAUUGGUUGCUACUCAACAAACAGUCCACUGGCUUCUAUCGCAUAUUGUAUGAUGAGCAAAACUAUCGGCUGAUUGCACAGGGUCUGAGGGAUCGCCCCUACGAUUUCCACACACGCAAUCGCGCACAGCUCAUGCACGAUGCGUACCGCUUCGUAGACACGGGUCGCAUCAGCCAUAGCAUAUUGUUGGACCUGAUGUCAUACCUGCGCAAUGAGUAUCAAUAUGCGCCCUGGUCGACAGCCAAUAGUAUAUUGAAUAUAUACGAUACUUAUCUGCGUGGCGAUGCCAAUUACGCGCACUUCCGCGAGUUUGUGAUCGAACUGGUCGAGGAGAUCUUCGUCAAGUUGGGCGUCAAUGAAAUACCCGGCGAGCACUAUUUGAACAACUAUCUGCGCGUGACUCUGGUGAGCCUGGCCUGCCAGGUGGGCAGUACCGAGUGCUAUAAGCAGUCGCACACGAAAUUGCAGCAAUAUCUGCAGGGUGGUGUGGUCAUCGAGCCAACAUUGAGAAACCAGGCUUAUUGCGCCGGACUGCGUCAGGCCGAAGACACAACCUUCGAUUUGGUAUUAAAAACACUGUUCGCUUCCACGGAUAGUAGCGAUCGCUCCUUCUAUAUCUCUGCGCUGGGCUGCUUGCAGAAUGCCAGCCAGCUGAAGAAAUUCUUCGAAAGCUCCCUCGACAUGAGCAACUCUCUGAGCCCCUUUGAGCGCACCAGUCUACUAGAUACCGCCCACUCACGAGGCGAAAUUGGUCUAACUGCUAGCCUGGACUUCUUGGAUGCCAAUUGGAAGGCAUAUGGCGAUCUGAAUCCCAAUGAGAAACCGUUGGACGACGUACUGCGCCGUAUAGCAGGAUCAGUGGUUAGCGAGACUCAGAAGAAUCGACUCAAUGCGCUGGUGGCCAAAAUCAAAGCGAAUGGCGCAGAGUAUCUCAAAGAUAACACCGAAACCGGUGUGCAGAACGCCAUGAAGAGCAACUUUGAUUGGUUGGAUGUGCAUCGUCAGCCGAUAAUGGGUUGGCUAGCUGACUAUCGCCGCAAUGGCAGCAGCUCCCUCUCUGCCUCGCUAUUUGUGGUGCUCGCAGCGUUGCUAUCUCUGCUAUAUCAUGGAUUUAAUAAAUCUGCCUCGAUUGCCGUAACAAUUUGGUUUAUAAGUGGAAAAUCAGCGAGCGCUGCUCAGUUGUUGUCCAGCUGUCGUCGCACCGCAGACAACAUGGCUCGCGUUUUCACUCCGAUCCUGAUCCUACUGCUGGUGCUGGCCACCACCCAUGCGGCCGUUGUCCGCCAGUUCCCGCCCUUCGAACGGCUGCAGCAGCAGUUGAUCGAGAAUCCCAAUCUGCGUGCGGCUCAACGCGCUGAUGAGCAGACCUAUCGGCUGCCCAAUAACACGGAGCCUUUAGAGUACAAUAUCGAUCUAACCACGAAUGUGCACGAUGGCACGACUGAAUUUCAAGGAACUGUGACCAUCACGCUGAAAGUUCUAGAGACCAGCUCGGAUAUUGUGGUGCAUGCCCGACAACUAGCGAUUCUUGGAGCGACAAUCCGCAAGAGUGAUGCAGCUGAGUCAACUGAUGUGGCACUUGACAUCGUUGAGGAUAAAGAGCGCGAGUUCUUGCAUCUGUCCGCCUUGGGUCUAACCUUUGAAGAGGACUCCAUCUGGCUGCUCACCAUUAAAUACACGGGCAAUCUGCGCUUGGACAAUGGCGGCUUCUAUCUAUCCCGGUACACUGAUGAGACUGGUGCUACCAAAUACCUGGCCACCACUCAGUUCGAGAGCACCGAUGCCCGUCACGCCUUCCCCUGCUAUGAUGAGCCAGCCAAGCGUGCCAUCUUUACAAUUACCAUACAUCACGAUCCCAGCUACAAUGCCAUCAGCAAUAUGCCAGUGGAUGUGGCCAAGUCAAGCCCUGGUGUUACGGCCUUCCAGCCCACUGUCAAAAUGCCUAGCUAUUUGGUGGCCUUCAUUGUAUCGGAAUUUGUGUCUUCAGAGGGUGAGCUUAACGGCCUGCCCCAGCGCGUCUUCUCCCGCAAGGGCACCGAGCAUGAGCAGGAAUGGGCUUUGACCACUGGCAUGUUGGUCGAGAAACGUCUAUCUGGCUACUUCGGUGUACCGUUCGCUCUGCCUAAACUGGAUCAGGCAGCUAUACCCGAUUUCGCUGCUGGCGCCAUGGAGAACUGGGGCCUGGCCACAUAUCGCGAGGAAUAUCUGCUGUACAAUGUGGAGAACUCUACAACUAGUACACAGACAAACAUUGCCACCAUUGAGGCGCACGAGGAUGCGCACAUGUGGUUCGGUGAUCUGGUGGCCAUCGAAUGGUGGAGCUAUCUCUGGCUCAAAGAGGGUUUUGCCACGCUCUUCGAGAACUUGGCUGUCAAUUUGGCCUAUCCAGAAUGGGAUAUAUUCCAGACUUUCCAUACUGGCUCAUAUCAGAGCGCCAUGGUAAGUGACGGCAAUCCCUCAGUGCGCCCUAUGACUUACUACGUGGAGAAGCCUUCGGACAUUUCGUUGCUCUAUGACUCAAUUGCGUAUGCCAAGGCAGGCUCUGUGCUGGACAUGUGGCGUCACGCCCUUACCAACACCGUGUUUCAGCAGGGUCUGCACAACUAUCUGGUGGAGAAGGCCUAUUCCGCUGCCAAUGAGACGGACUUGUUCAAUGCCAUUGCGCUAGCCGCUCGCGAAUUGAACUAUGAGGUGCCAGCUCUUGUGGACGACAUGAUGUCCAGCUGGACCCGCCAGGGUGGGCUGCCGCUGCUGACUGUAGAGCGCAACUAUAACGAUGGAUCCUUCACCGUCAAGCAGGAGCAGUACACCAACAACAAGGACGCCAAGGGUGACAAGACCUGGUACGUGCCAGUGAACUAUGCACUGCAAUCAAAUCCGGAUUUCCGCCGCACUGAGGCCACUCACUAUCUGCACAAGGACCAGGAGUUGAGCAUCAGCGAUGCCGCGCUGAAGAGCGAUGACUGGCUGAUACUGAACAAACAGUCCACGGGCUACUAUCGCAUCAACUAUGAUACACAGAACUGGCAGCUGAUCAGUAACGGCUUGGCCGAUCGUCCGCACAAGAUUCAUCCGCGUAAUCGCGCCCAGCUGAUUGAUGACGCAUACCGUUUCGCUACUAGCGGUCGCCUGUCACAUUACGUGCUCCUUCAGCUGCUCACCUACCUGCCGCAGGAAACUCAAUAUGCACCCUGGUCAACGGCUAAUUCUGUGAUCAGUCUAUUCAAUCGCUAUCUGAGCGGUGAUGAAGCCUACGAGAAUUUCCAGUUCUAUGUUGCGCAAUUGGUCAGCGAGCAGUUCGAUAAGUUUGGCGUGAACGACCAGAGCGGAGAGCAACACUUGGUCAAGUUUACCCGCAACGCGGUCAUUAAUGUGGCCUGUCUGGCCGGCUUAAAGAGCUGCCUGGAUGAGACAAACGCCAAGCUGCAGGCCUUGAUCGAGCACGGCACCCCGAUCGAACCCAAUCUACAGACGCCCGUCUACUGCAAUGGUCUCAAGCAGGCCGACGAUAAAACCUUUGACUUUGUCUACGACAAACUGAUGCACUCAAACAACCAGGCCGAGCGUCGUCUGCUCAUCUCAGCCCUGGGCUGCGCACAGAAUGAGAAGCAGCUGGAGAAAUACGUUUCCAGCAGCAUUGAUACGAAUAACCAGCUGCGCACUCAGGAGCGCUAUACGCUACUCACUCCCACCUACUCCCGUGGAUCGGUGGGUCUGAAUGUCUGCAUCGAUUUCCUGCUCAAUAAUUGGGAGAAGUAUGCCCAGCUGAAUGCUGGCUUUGGGGGCGUUAACCCACUAUACUCUGACAUUCUGGGCAUGUCUUCGUAUGUGGUCAACGACAGCCAAAGGGCUAAGCUGCAGGAACUGAUCGAUGCGGUCAAAGACUCCGACUAUGUGCCCGCAACACUUCAGGCAAGCGUGGACACUAACGUUGAGGCGAACAUGGCCUGGCUGACUUCCAACCGGGGACCCAUCAUUUCUUGGGUAACAUCCUUCCGCAACGGCAGUCCCGCUCUGACAGCAUCUGUGCUAGCCAUGGCGCUGUGCCUCUUCGUCGCCAUGUUCUUCUUUGAAAUGUUCGGUCGGCAUUUGGCUGUCCUCGGGGCGGUCUGUCUGUGCGUCGUGUUGGCGGCUCCACGACAGGCACCGGAAGUCCUGCCACCGUCUACCUUUGCGGAACCAGAGAACUGGGAAUACAGAUUGGCAACGCACAUCAAUCCCAUUAACUACAAUAUUACGUUGCGCCCAUAUUUGCUAGAAAGCGAUACGGCUCGCUUUACCUUCGACGGUGAGGUAUUCAUCGAAAUCGAACCGGUGUCGACGACAAGGCUCGUGUCGUUGCACUCGAGAAACUUGAACUAUACGAAGUCGGAAUACUGGGCGAAACCGGCAACAGGAAGUGUUGCAGCUAAUCCCAUUCAGCUGACAGUUGGACCACACAAUUUGGAGACCGACAUUAAGAAUCUGACCACCACAUCGGAUCUGGUGGCCAAUCAGAGCUACAUUUUGCAUUUCGUUUACAAGGGAACGAUGGACGAUGAUAUGCAUGGAUUCUAUCGUAGCUCCUAUGUGAACGACAACAAUGAGACGAAAUGGCUGGGCUCCACACAGUUCCAGACAAAUCAUGCACGUCGUGCCUUCCCCAGCUUCGAUGAGCCACAGUUUAAGGCCACCUUUGAUGUGAACCUGAUACGUCCUCGCACCUACAAUACUGUUAGUAAUACAAGGCUAAUAUCCUCAACACCUAUGCAGAAUGGCGAAUACUUUUUGGAUGUAUACAAAACCACACCCAAAAUGUCCACCUAUUUGCUGGCCUUCAUUAUCUCGGAGUUCUCCAUCCGCAAAGAUGAGACGUUCGGAGUUUUGGCGCGUCCCGAGUUUUACCCACAGACCCAAUACAGCUUCAACGUGGGUCGCAAGAUUCUUGCCGAGUUGAGCACCUAUCUGGACUUGAACUACUACACGCUAGGCAAUGAUAAAAUGGACAUGGCUGCCAUACCCGAUUUCUCAGCGGGUGCCAUGGAAAACUGGGGCCUGCUGACCUACAGGGAGCGCAGUCUGCUGGUGGAUGAGACCGCCACGACUCUGUCAUCCCGUCAAUCAAUUGCAGCUGUUGUCGCCCACGAACAGGCUCAUAUGUGGUUCGGAGAUCUGGUCACCUGCAAAUGGUGGAGCUACACCUGGUUGAAUGAGGGCUUUGCCAGGUAUUUCCAAUACUUUGGCACCGCCAUGGUCGAAACGGAGUGGAGCAUGGAUCUGCAGUUUGUGGUCGAUCAGAUUCAGUCGGUCAUGGGCAUGGACUCGACCAACGCCACCAAUCCCUUGAGCGAUGAGAACACAUUCACGCCGGCUCACCUGAGUCGGAUGUUCAAUAGCAUCUCUUACAAUAAGGGCGCCACCUUUAUUCGUAUGAUUGAGCAUGCAAUGGGCUCGGAUAAUUUCAAGAAAUCUCUGCGGGAGUACCUUCUCAAAAACCAAUAUCGGCCCUCGGUCCCUGAAGACUUGUUGAAUGCCUGGCUGGCCAACUGGCCCGCUGAUCGCUUCAAGGCCGAUGCGAAAAAGAUCUUCACGAGCUUCACCACUCAAGUGGGCUAUCCCCUGAUCAAUGCUGAGCUGAGCGCUGAUGGCAAGAGUAUUAAGUUUGCCCAGAAACGCUUCCUCCUUAAGCAAGCUGACGGCGCCGACCCCAAUUUGGUCUAUACCGUGCCAAUUACCUACACCACCAGUUUGGAGAAGAACUUUAACGACACCAAGCCGAAGCUGGUGCUAGCCUCCAAUACGCCAGCGACAGUUACCUUGUCCAGCGCGGCCACAUGGGUGUUGGCAAACAUCCAGGAGACGGGCUACUAUCGCGUCAACUACACGGAGAGUAACUGGAAUGAAAUCCACAAGGCGCUCAUCGGCACCAACUGGGGUGGCAUCCAUGAGCUGAAUCGCGCUCAGGUGGUUGAUGACUUGCUCAAUUUGGCACGAGCCGGACAUAUCAAAUACGAGCUCACACUGAAGGUGCUCGAGUAUCUGGAAACCGAAAUCAAUUAUAUACCCUGGACAUCGGCAUUCAAUGGCUUCAACUACUUGGCUAUACGCCUGGGCACGGACACCGCCCACUUCAGCACAUACAUUCGCCAGCUGACCAACAAGGCCUACAACCAGCUGGGCUUCGAGGAGAGCACCCUGAACACAGCGCUCGAGAUCUACCUGCGCACCAAGGUGCUGUCCUGGAGCUGUCGCUAUGGCAACGUUGAUUGCAUCAACAGGGCCAAGAGCUAUUUCAAGUCGCUCUACACUGUGCCCAAGAACAUUCGCUCCGUGGUCUACUGUGUGUCGCUGCGUGAGGGCGGUGCCACCGAGUUCGAUGCACUCUAUGCGAAAUUCAAGACCGAAAAGGUUGCCACAGAAGAGACUCUGCUGCAGAACUCCUUUGGUUGUGUGAAGCAACAGGCGCUCAUUGAGCGUGUCUUCAAUUUGGUUUUGAGCAAUGAGAUUCGUCGCCAGGACAAGUCCUCAGUGCUGACCACCCUCUACACCGAGAACAACGAGAAUGUGAGCCCCGUCUUCAAGCUGGUCACCGCCAAUGUCGAUGCACUGGCCACAGCCAUGGGUGGCUACUCCUCGGUGGCCACAGUCGUCUCGAACCUUGCGGCCCGCUUUACCGAGCAGUCGCAAUUGGACGACCUGAAGAAGUUCAAUGCCGACAAUAGCGCCAAGUUCGGCAGCUCGGCAAGCACACUGAAGGCCGCUGAGACGACCGUCCAGGAGAAUCUGGACUGGGCCGAGACCAGGCUGGGCACCUUCCGCACCUAUCUGGCCAGUCGCAACGGCAGCGCCACGCUGAGCGGCCUAAGCCUGCUCACCCUGCUGCUGGUGGCCCUGGUCACGUUGCUGCGUUAAGACCAAAAUUAGCCCCUUUGCCAUAAAUUGGCAUUGGCGCUGUCGUCCAACUAUUGAAGUAUUUGUACGCCUGUACCGCCUGUCCAGCAGGCCAUAAACCAGCCAGAUAAGAGGGCUUUGAAUACAACUAUGUUGAUUUUAGCUUAUAAUAAAACAAUCUAAAACUCAA